AUGAAUAAUAGCAUCGCCAAUACGUACUACGACAUGCGAUCCUUCCCGGAUCUGGUCGCAAACUUGGCAGCGGAAAACACUAAGAUGUACAACACUAGGCAGUCCUACAACGGGCAGGGAGUAUAUAAUAUGAAGUUUUACAACUAUUACCAGCAAUCUACCCCGUAUGUGCCGCAAAUGUAUGGCAAUUGUUUUCCGAAGCAACGUUACACUCCGUACCCAAAUCGUAACUGUGGAGGUGUUAGCGUUGGUCCUAGCAACUACAAUGUAACAACGAAUCAUAGUAACCUGCCUCCGCCGCUGCAGACUCCACAGCAAAAUCAUCAUCAGCAGCAGCAGCAUUCGUUUUCAUCGUUGUCACUUCAGUCAGCCAGUACCAGCUUCUGCCAGGCGCCAAUUAAUAAAUCCCUUAACUCAUCGCUAAAUAGCAGCAGCUAUUCCGAUUCGGGUAAGAAUUCAACAUUCUACAGCAGUAAUCAGAGUGGCUGUAGCAGUCCGCACCAGAGCAAUUACUCCACCGACAGUGGAAGCAUGGCCAGUAGCGGUGCGAUAAACACCAGCGGCGGCCUUGGAACCUGUUCCAGUUCGUCGAGCUCGUCGGUGUCACCGAUACCGCAGGCUCAGCAGCCACCAUCGGUUCAGCCUCUGGCUACAGUUCUGCUCGGCCCGACAGUGGAACCGCCCGAUCAGGAGAUGGUGGUGCUUCAAAUCAGCAAUUUGGAUUCGUCGAUCGAGGAGCAUAAAAUGCACCAAUUUUUAAUGUGUCAACUUAAACCCAUUACUCCCGUUAUUUCACUGACUAUUGAAAGUCCUUCGCUGGCGAAGGUAAAAGUACCCACGGCACAGUGUGCGAAACAAGUGGUGGCCAAUCUGCAUCGUAAAAAGAUCGGCCACAAGCGUAUGGUUGUUUCGUAUAUUAAGGAUCCGUCGUCAGCCGAAUCGUCGGCCCUGCGUUGCCAGGUGGCUGGUUUACUAAAGGACGUGCCCUUCUGUAGCCUGCCCAUAAAUCGUUUCCGUGAGCUGUUUCAAUCGCGCUUCAAAUCAUCGAUCAGUGUGCUGGAUCUGUAUCGCAUGCAGGAUGUGUGCGUGAUAACGCUAGACAAGAACGAAGAGAAGCACAUCUCGCUACAGCCGGCCUUGAUUGAUACACUGAAGAACAGUUCGCUCGUGGAGACGUCGCAGCAUAGCGUCCCUUACUGCAUGCACCAUUUUAAGCAGGAGAAGGAAAAGGGUUGGGCAGAGCAGGAGAUCGAACCGUUGCCAAACGUUAUGAUGACCAUUAACCAGUUGCAGUUGCUGGUGUAUUCGCUUCUGAAGUCGCACAAAAAUGACAUUCCCGUUGCAAGCGUUUUAUAUUGCAUCGAGCACGAGCUGCAGGUGAAGAUACUCCCGAACGAUAACGGUGUGCCGCUGGAACACUUGUUGUGCUGCAUCCGAGGUGUGCAAAUUGCGAACAAUAGUUUCGGAAUAAAAGUACUCUCCUGGAUGGAUCACGAGCAAAACUCCGCCAAGGAUAAUGAUGAUGUUUGGUCCGUAAAUCUUCGCUACAUGCCCAAGAGUCCGUCGAACGAGUUUCUGCAGCAGAUUUCGCGUGAAGUAGUCGAGCUGAUCAAGAUGUCGCCUAAAUCGACGAUGAAGUUUACCCGAUUCAUUCCCGCCUAUCAUAACCAUUUUGGGAAACAGUGCCGGGUAGCGGACUAUGGAUACACGCGGCUAAUCGAGCUGUUUGAAGCGCUGUCGCCGGUGGUGCAAGUGAUGGGUGAUGGUGAAAAUCGCCAUAUCACACUGACGCAUCGAACUCAGAUACGUCGUUUUACGAGCGAUCUUCUCAAGAUUCUACGUAACCGGGCGAAUAAAUCGAUUCUAUUGUCCCAGCUGCCGAUGGCAUUUACGCAUGCCCAAAACCGACCCUUUGAUGUUUCCGAUUACGGAGUGUGCAAUCUGUACGACAUUGUGGAUGGUCUUGUGUACAGCAACUCCAUCACGACGAAGGUGCAGAACGAUAACGAUGUGUUGAUCUCGAUCGUCAAGCGCAAGCAAACUGUAACUGAGCUGGAAAAAACGAGCGUUUUUGCAGGCGAAGUGGUGGAGUUGUUUCGUAAAGCACCUCAGUUUUCUAUACUGUUCAAGAAAUUUGUCCGCUCGUAUCAUUACCACUUCGGUUACCAGUGCCGUCUGAGUGAUUAUGGACUGUUGAAGUUGUCGGAUCUGUUGGAAGCAAUAAGCGGUAUUGUGGAGAUGGAACAAACCAACGAUGAGGAUCGCAAAAUCUAUCUCAACUACCAGGUAGCACUACGCAUCUUUGCGGAGCAAGUGCAGGAUAUCAUUAAAGUUGGCACAGGAAAACCGUGUACUGUAGUGCGCCUGAGUGCUAUUCUCAGCAUCCACAAGAACCAAUACGGAUACCAGCUGCAGCCAAGCUGUCUGGGAUUCAGCAACAUGUAUGACGCAAUGAAGGCUCUACCUUAUACGGAAGUAUUUGAAGCUGGAGGCGAGUACAUGGUGAUCUCUCAUUUGGAAGAUUCGACCUUUCGCAUGCACACAUACGCAGCCUGCAUGGUGCUGACGGAGUUCCGUAAAGACCGUGUUACCCUGUCGGAGCUUAUGCGUAGCUAUCAGUUACGCUUUAAGGAGUUCUUGAGCGAAAAGAACAUUAGCAAUAUGAACCAUGCGCUGACGAUCGAAAUGGAUAAGGGCUUACAAACGGUGACAUUGACGGCGUUGAUGAAGUUUGUCAUGCGAAUGGUACAAGUGGUCAAACAGCGCACGUCGAUCAGUGUAUAUGACCUAAAACUGGCAUUGAAUGUUUCUUUGGGAACGUGCUUCGAAUUUGGAUAUCCCAAUCUAGUUGCAGUGCUGAAUGCAUUUUCGGAUGUGUUCGUGGCAGCCAAUGCUACCUACAUUAAUGAUAAAAGUGAUAUCGAACUUAAUCGUGACUGUAUUUUAUCUAAGGGAUUUAAUGCUUCGGAAGAUGGGUUAUCUCUUAAGCAUUCAUCCCAGGGAAAUUUGAUGUCCAAUAUCAAACAGCCAUCGAACGAUAUCCGCUAUUCGUCUGCUCCAGCACCUUCAGGAGGAUGUUAUGCUAAAGAUACUGCACCAUUCCGUAAUACAGCCAAUGCUCAGUAUCAGCAACAACGUCAUUCCCUCGGAAACGAUUACACUACACCACUGCUUAAAGCUCUGCAGCAACCGUAUGGUCCUCAACCGCUGCAAGCUUCUAAUCCUUGCUUCGGUAACAAUCAUACACAGAACAUAUUGAUGUCUAAUAAUUACGGUAACCGAAACACUGCCAACUCUUCGAUGGUUCCCGCAAUGGGAUACGGAGCUUCGAAUGGGUAUCAAAAAAGUAACAUGGGUCUUCAAAUGGACAAGGAAAAUAUGAAACCAAUGCAAAAUAGUUACGGAGGUCACGACCUAGUGGGCACCAACUAUAACAAGUUUUCGCCGAACAUUGCACAAGAUCAGGUAACAAAUGGUUUCCAGUUGAAUUGUGGACCUAAAAUAUCUGAUUGUAAAGGGUUGUGGGAUCAGGCAGCGGUGCAAUCAACGAACCAACCGUUGAUACCUAACAGAAAUGUUCAAACCCAAUCAAACUGCUGGAAGAAGAAGGGUGAAAAUUUAACGGAAAUGUUUAACUCUCGCAAUUCCGUUAUGGAUGUGGUUUCUGCCUACUGGGAACCACCAAAACCGGAUACACCGACCGACAUGAAUCUUCCGUUCUGGUUGGAUCCCAUCUGGAGCGAUUCUUUACAAAACCUGGACAGCAUUUCUUUGUGUUCUGAUCCCGGUAAAUUGCUUAACAUUCCAAUUCCGGAGCUGAAAACAAUUAACAAUCUACCGCCUCUAAAUACGCCGUUGGAAUUUCUCUCCGAGCAGUUAUCGAUCUUUUCUUUCGAUCAAGAUAAAUAA